AUGUCUGGAAAGUGGGACCCCCUCACUGAUAUGCCCAACCUCGAAGGUAAAGUGAUUGUUGUUACCGGUGGGAAUGCAGGCAUUGGCUUGUCAACCGUCAAGUACCUCGCCCUUCGAGGUGCCAAGGUUUACUUCACAGCAAGAUCGAAGGCCAAAGCCGACGAGACUCGCACAGUACUGACGGCCGAAAAUCCUGCGAUAAAUACCGCCAACCUCCACUGGCUCCCCUUGGACUUGGCAGACCUCAAGUCGGUCGCCUCCGCUGUUGAAGAGCUGAAGAGCAAGGAGACCAGGGUGGACAUUCUUAUAAACAAUGCCGGUCUAGCCUCCGGCACAACGGAGACGAUGGGUCCUGGGUGGGAAUGGCACAUGGGGGUCAACCACGUCGGGCACUUUGUUCUCACCAACGGCGUACUGCCGCUUCUCAAGGAAGCCACAAAGCAACCCGGGGCCGACGUCCGUAUCAUCACUCUCAGCUCCAACGUCAACUAUGCCAUGCUGCCAUCAAACUACGGCUUCACCUUUGAUUCCGCUUCUUUCUUGACGAAGCCUGUGCCUUAUUACCCGUGGCAAUGGCGCUAUAUCAUUAGCCGUAUUUUUGUGGUCGACAUGAUUCGCUACGCUGUCUCUAAGGUCGCCAAUCUCCUUUUCGCCCAAGAGCUGCAGCGAAUUCUGGAUGAGCAAAGUCUCCCGAUCCUGUCCAUCUCAGUGCACCCCGGUGGCGUGGCCAGCCCCGGUAGCAAGGACAUUGGAAACUCCCUCUUCUCCCUUGUUAGAUCGGCCGCCUUCCUCACCGUCGACCAAGGCGCCAUCACAUCCGUCUUUGCGGCCACUGCCGCCGAGGUUCGCGAGAACGCAGACAAGUACAAGGGUAGGUACCUAGAGCCGUUCGGGAAGAUCGUGACACCGAAUCCGGUCGCCAAGAACGAGAAGCAGGUGAGGGGUAUGUGGGAGCACACCACAGUCGAGGCGAACAAGUACCUGGCGACGCUCGGCCUCGCACCCCUUCAAGAAUGGUAG